AUGUCAACCUUUUUCGUUUUAUUCCUGGCCCAGGUUCAGGAUGGUUCCUUGGUCUGGGUACCUUUCCUGGAGCUGGCCUCGAACCUGGAGGGCGCCAAACAAAAAAGAGCUGGGGCUCGAGGUCUGUGUUGGGCCCCUGGCCAGGCGAAAGACUGCCCUCCACCCCCACCCCGAGGCCUAGGCCAGGGUCCGGGCCUGAAGGGCAAGGAGCCGGUGGUGUACCCCUGGAUGAAGAAGAUCCAUGUGAGCGCGGUCAACCCCAGUUAUAACGGAGGGGAACCCAAGCGCUCUCGAACCGCCUACACCAGGCAGCAGGUCCUGGAGCUGGAGAAGGAGUUCCACUUUAACCGCUACCUGACCCGGCGGCGCCGCAUCGAGAUCGCUCACACGCUCUGCUUGUCCGAACGCCAAGUCAAGAUCUGGUUUCAGAAUCGCAGAAUGAAAUGGAAGAAAGAUCACAAACUGCCCAACACCAAGAUGCGCUCCUCCAACUCGGCUUCUGCCCCAGCUGGACCCCCAGGGAAAGCACAGACUCAGAGCCCCCAUGCCCAUUCCCACCCAGGCAUCUCCACACCUAUUUCUUCCUCCUCCAUCUAGUCCUCUGAGGAGCUAUACCACUCACUGUCUUCCCCUCAGCUGCUUCUCUCCUGUCUUCUGUCCCUUUCCCCUCCCACCGUGCCCUGUCUGGAUUAUAACAGACAAGACACCAAAACCAAAACCCAAUCUGGGGGAAAGCAAAACAAACAUAGAAGAUAUUAUCCUUGUAAGAAGGUGUGUUGGUUGGCAUCCAAAAGAAGACAAUUGGCCAGGAUGCUGGCUGGUGGAACAAUCUCCUGGCUUGAACAAGCUGCCAGGUUUGGGUACCCAAGAAGGACCACUGGGCAUGAAAUAACUCCGGAGAUGACUGAAGUUAAUGCAACAGCGUGUAUAUUUGUUACAAGCAAAAGAAAACAGACCCUUUCCCCACUGCACCCACGACCCUCUUCCCCAUCCAGGCAGCUCAUGCAAGCUUGUAUUGAACUGAGUAAAUGAGCAGACAUGGUGGACCUCACAAGAUUAUUUAACUCAAAAUGUAUAGACCUUCCUGGUAGGUGUGACACAUUAGUUUCCUUUCCUCGCAUUUAUUUAAGAUACUGUUAUAGACAUAUAGUUGUCUUCUCCUGGGCAGAAAUCUCUCAG